AUCAGUCAUGAGUUCAUCUGUGCUGAGCGUGGAGAGCCACACCAUCCCUCUGAGCGAUGGGAACCGAAUGCCCAUCAUCGGUCUGGGGAUGUCUGGAGACCGCCGUAAGACUCCUAAAGGCACAGCCUAUGAGUGUGUAAAACUGGCUUUAGACGUGGGUUACAGACACUUUGAUGGGGCGCUGAUUUACUUAAAUGAACAUGAGGUGGGACAGGCCAUCAGAGAGAAGGUAGCUGAUGGAUCUGUCAAAAGAGAAGAGAUCUUCUACUGUGGAAAGUUAUGGAGCACAUUUCAUCCUCCUGAGCUGGUGAGACCUGCAUUGGAGCGAACACUGAAAACUUUAGGACUGGACUAUGUGGAUCUGUACAUCAUUGAGUUUCCGAUUGCAUUUAAACCAGGGGAUGAGUUUUACCCCAAAGAUGAAAACGAGAAGUUUAUUUUUUACAAGACUGACCUUUGUGCCACAUGGGAGGCAUUAGAAGCCUGUAAGGACGCAGGGUUGACGAAGUCUCUGGGCGUCUCAAACUUUAACCGCAGACAGCUUGAGCUCAUUCUGAAUAAACCCGGACUGAAGCACAAACCUGUUUGCAACCAGGUAGAAUGUCACCCAUAUUUCACACAACCCAAACUUCUGGACUUCUGUCGACAGAAUGACAUCAUCAUGGUUGGAUAUAGUCCACUCGGGACGUGCAGAGAUGCAUCCUGGGUGAAUCUAAAAAACCCUCCACUGUUAGAAGACCCAGUCCUGAUCUCCAUCGGGAAGAAAUACAAGAAAACCUCGGCUCAUGUAUCUCUCAGGUUUAACGCUCAGAGAGGAGUGGCCGUAAUUCCCAAGAGCUUCAAUCCUGAACGGAUAACAGAAAACUUCCAGAUUUUUGAUUUUUCACUUACGGAUGAGGAAAUGAAUGCCAUUGAAAAUCUGAACAAAAAUGUUCGUUUUGUGGAGCUCCUAAUGUGGAGUGAGCAUCAAGAGUAUCCCUUCAAUGAUGAAUACUAAAGCCUCAAAUACAGAUAAUAUUGUAAUGAGUAAAACAUAAUACACAAGUGUUAAUACACAUUUGGCAGAUAACCAAAGCAAUUUAUAAUACAAGCUAUACUAGAUCAUCUGUAGAGUAGCUAACAUAUCACCAAACAGAUGGUAACGCUAGUUAAUAUAUUAAGUUUUAAUAUUGAUGGUGUUUUAAAUAAGACAAAUCAUGGCACUUUCACAAAGUUUGUUCUGUUUGUGUGGAUAUUAAAUAAAAUAAAUGAAUGUGCAUGUGUG